UGAAUGCCUCGUCUUCCUUUCCACUUCUAUUUAUAGAAUUUGCUUAGUACCGCAGCUCCGUCAUCGCCCAAGCACCUUUUUUUUUUUUUUUUUCCUAACUUGUAUAUCUGCAAUACAAACAUCCUAUUGUGGCCAAAAUCAAUGUUGAAGCCUCAGGUUUACCAAUCCUACUCCAGUAAGACUCUGUUGCCGUUGCAGAAGCCAUUUCUCAAUGGCACUGGCCCUUUUUCUCUUCCUGUUGCAUCUAGGUUGUCUUCAUUCAACAAAACUUGCAAAAACGUCAAAGUUGGCUUUUUCUCUACAAAUAUUGAAGCAGCCCUCAGUUUUACUCAGAAGGCUGUCGGUGUUAAGGCCACUGUCACUGUGAAACAAACCGUUACUGGUUCGCUCGCAAACCUUGGAAUAAGCCGAGGGCUAGAUGACAUACAAGACUUGCUUGGUAGAACUCUGCUCUUGGAGCUUGUUAGUACUGAUCUUGACCCAAAGACAGGAUUGGAGAAGGAAAGGAUUAAAGGGUAUGCCCGUCAGGUGAGCAAGGAGGACGAGGAAGUGAAGUAUGAGGCGAAAAUUGAAGUUCCAGCAGAUUUUGGAGAAAUUGGUGCUGUUGUUGUCGAGAAUGAGCACCACAAAGAGAUGUUUGUCCAGGACAUUGUCCUAGAUGGUCUCAAAAAUGGCCCUGUUAAUGUGAACUGUGUUUCUUGGGUUCAUUCCAAGUAUGACAAUCCUCAAAAGAGAGUCUUUUUUACUGACAAGUCAUACUUGCCAUCGGAGACACCAAGUGGAUUGAAGAAGUUGAGACGGGGAGAGCUGGAGCUUUUGCGAGGUGACGGCCAAGGAGAGCGCAAAUCCUUUGAUAGGAUAUAUGACUAUGAUGUAUAUAAUGACCUUGGUGACCCAGAUAACGACCUAAGCAAGAAAAGACCAAUACUGGGUGGGAAAGAGUUUCCUUACCCAAGACGCUGCAGAACUGGACGCCCUCAGUGCGACACAGAUCCAAUUUCGGAGAAAAGGACCACCAUUUUGCCCUACGUACCAAGGGAUGAAGUAUUCUCGGACGUUAAGUUGCUAACAUUCUCCACAAAUUAUCUAUAUUGUUUGCUACACGGCAUGAUCCCAUCGCUAGAGAGUGCCAUAGUCGACCCCAAUGUUGGUUUUCCGAGCUUGGCCGCUAUUGAGGAGCUGUUCAAUGAAGGGAUUAACUUGCCUCUUCAAGGGAAAGGGUUUUUAAAAUCAGUCAUGCCUAGACUUAUCAAGACUAUUACCGACGGAGGUGAUAGUGUUUUGCGCUUCGAGACCCCUCCAACAGUGCACAAGGACAAGCUCUUUUGGUAUAGGGAUGAGGAAUUUGCUCGACAAACUCUCGCCGGUUGUAACCCAUAUGGCAUACGGCUGGUCACAGAGUGGCCAUUGAAAAGCAAACUUGACCCAAAAGUCUAUGGCCCCGCGGAAUCAGCCAUCACCAAGGAUUUGAUCGAGCGACAAAUAAAAGGUUACAUGACAGUUGAUAAGGCAAUUAAAGAAAAGAAGCUUUUCAUCCUGGAUUACCAUGACUGGUUAUUGCCAUACGUUCAGAAAGUGAGAGAGCUUGAAGGCACAACACUAUAUGGAUCUCGCACUCUGUUUUUCUUAAAUCCAGAUGAGACUUUGAGGCCUCUAGCCAUCGAGUUGACUCGUCCACCAAUGGAUGGGAAGCCGCAGUGGAAGGAAGUAUACACUCCAUCUUGGAAUUCCACGGAUGUCUGGCUCUGGAGGCUUGCCAAAGCUCAUGUCCUCGCUCACGACUCUUACCACCACCAGCUUGUUAGCGACUGGUUGAGAACUCAUUGUUGCACUGAGCCUUAUAUACUUGCAGCAAAUCGACAACUAAGUGAGAUGCACCCAAUCUAUAGAUUGCUGCACCCUCAUUUUCGGUACACGAUGGAGACGAAUGCUCUGGGUCGACAAUUUCUGAUCAAUGCUGAUGGAAUUAUUGAGAGCUCAUUCACCCCAAGCAAGUACUCUAUGGAGCUCAACUCUUUGGCCUAUGACCAGGAAUGGCGGUUUGACAAUCAGGGCCUUCCUGCAGAUUUAAUUAGUAGGGGAAUGGCUACUGAAGAUCCAACCGCUCCUCAUGGCCUAAGGCUGGCAAUCAAAGACUAUCCUUUUGCCAAUGAUGGUCUGAUCCUAUGGGAUGCCAUUAAACAAUGGAUAUCCGAAUAUGUCACUUACUACUACCCAAAAGCGAGUUUAGUAGAGUCUGAUGAAGAGCUUCAAGCAUGGUGGACAGAAGUUCGAACGGUAGGCCACAUUGACAAGAAAGAUGAACCAUGGUGGCCUGUUCUCAAAACCCCACAAGACCUGAUUGACACCCUCACAACCAUAGUUUGGGUAUGCUCAGGUCACCAUGCGUCAGUGAACUUUGGACAAUAUGCUUACGCAGGCUACUUCCCUAAUAGGCCCACCAUUGCCAGAACCAAAAUGCCCACCGAAGACUCUACCGAAGAAGAAUGGAAAUUCUUCUUGGACAACCCUGAAGCUGUACUUUUGGAAUGCUUCCCGUCACAAAUGCAAGCUGCCAGAGUGAUGGCAGUUUGGGAUGUUUUAUCUAGUCAUUCUCCUGAUGAAGAGUACAUUGGGGAAAAAGUGGAGCCAUCAUGGGCCGAGAAUCCUGUUAUAAAGGCAGCAUUUGAAAGAUUCAAUGGGAAGUUGAAGGAGCUUGGAAGGAUUGUUGAUGAAAGGAAUGCAGACACCAACUUAAAGAAUAGGAGAGGAGCUGGGAUUGUACCGUACGAGUUUUUGAAGCCAUUCUCUGAGCCUGGGGUGACAGGGAAGGGAGUUCCAAAUAGCAUCUCUAUUUGAAGUUGAUGGACUAUGUCUAGUGACAAACCUGUGCAAAUAAUAAAUGCGAGGCAAUCCAGUCCAUUUGACCUUAAAGUUUUUCGUUACCAUAAUAAAUAAAUUCUCUUUUUGCUCUGC